AAGCGAGACUCAAAACCUCUGAAUCCAAUGAGCGGCCUCACCCUCCCCGCGUGCCCGCCCCCACACUUUGGUAUCCUCCCCCGCCAAACAACGGUGAUUACAGCCCCGUACAAGUCCCCACAAUGACCAUCGGUAAGCAAGGCCAACCCGUAAAAUAUUCCCUAUCUUGUACUCUAUUCUCAUCAUUUCCCAUCACAGAAACAACCCCAUCAGAACGCCAAAUUUUUCAGUCCUGCCUUCUACGAUAUCCUCUACCCUCCCCUAUCCAACCAACCUUCCCGGGUCGAGCUCGUGUUGCUGUACCUAUCCCACCGGCAGUAUCCAGUGACAUACUUGUACCACCCCCAAGCCCACAUAGGCAGAUCCAAAUCCACCCCAAAUCUACUGGAAAUAAUCACAAUUGAGGACGGGAAAGGGGGGAGAUCCCCUAGUUCUCGAGGGGGGGAGAUGGGGGAUAUCAGAUUCAUAUCGCCCUAGGAUGUACCUCAACCAGCUAGCUCAAUAGAAGUUUAAAAGGGUAGAAACUCCCACAGAUAUUGUGUCUGGGCCGGACUACCAUACUACCGUAGCAUACAGGUAUCCAAAACUCAAGGGUGCUGUUCAGUUCAAGAUGGCCAUCCUCCGCUCGCUUAUCCUGGCGCUGUUACCCCUAGCUGCAUUUGCUGGUGUUCCGGCCCUACAACGCAGAGCGAAUGAUUCUCCGGUGAAGCCUUCUCCCGUGAAGACUACCGUUUGCAAUGGAAAGAGCUAUACCUUUCAGGAAUUGAGCGGCUACGGUUUCGUGCCCAGCAAUUUCAGGGAUAAGUAUAAUGAUACCCUAUCCAUUGGCUCCAGCAUUGGCAUUGAGCGCUCUUCAUGGAAGAAGCUGAGCGAAGGAAAGUACGAGGGCACUUUAUUCGUGCUGCCCGAUCGUGGAUGGUUUGUUUGCUCUACCUUGAGAAUUUAUUGAUAUCGAGAUAUUCUAACAAAGCACCUUAUACAGGAAUACCCAGGGGACAAUAGCUUAUCAGCCACGGAUCCACAAAUUCAAAAUCUCCCUAGACACCAAUCUCGAAAAGGCUCCAUCACCACCAAACCUCAAGUUCACCUACUUGGACACAACCCUCUUUAGUGAUCCCGCGGGUAAUCCCAUCUCCGGCCUGGACCCUACAACAUCUUUGCCGUUCAAUGAUUUUCCGAACCUGCCCGCUGCGAAAUUCCCCGGUGAUGGCUUUGGCGGCGAAGGGCCCGGUGGCGUUCGUGUGUCGUUGGAUCCUGAGGGACUGGUUCUUGACACCCUAAGUCCCGAUGGUGGGUUCUGGAUCAGCGAUGAAUAUGGCCCCUUCAUCUACCAUUUCGAUCGGAACGGGAAGCUCACGCAGGCUAUCAAACCCCCAGAUGCAUUCAUUCCCAUCCGCAAGGAGGCCGAGAAGUAUUUACUCCUUACUCCUCAGAUCCGUACCAAAGUGUCCAACCUGCUGAUAGAUUCCAGCUUUGCUUCCAAUAAUCCGCCAAUCUACGAUCCCUCCCAAUCUCCGGAUCCAGUUAAUCCCACCUCUGGAAGAUCAAACAAUCAGGGAUUUGAGGGUCUCACUGUCUCAGGUGAUGGGAGGAACCUAUAUGCGCUUCUCCAGUCCGCGGCUGUACAGGAGGGCGGACUUAGCAAACUUACAAACAGAUAUGCCCGAAUGGUCAAAUAUGAUAUCACUGCCCCAGUGAAAGCCCGCUUGGCCCGGGAAUACGUUGUUCCGCUGCCCCAGUUCAACGAUGUGAGUGCCCCUCCAAAAUCCCCCAUGUCAUCACCACCCUCAUCAAUCACGUACGUUCCCAACGAGCCCACGUCUAACCAACCUUCCCUCCAAUCCAGCCAACAAAGAAGACGAACCCUCGCACCGCAGGACAGUCCGAAAUCCUCGCGGUCGGGCCAGACCAGUUCCUCAUCCUCAGUCGUGACAGCGACUUUGGCCACGGCGCCGAUGGCACCCUCUCCAACUACCGUCAAAUCGAUGUUUUCGAUAUUUCCGACGCGACAUCCCUAAACGGUCGCACUUACGAUUCGCGCGGCUCGUCUAUAACCACAGCGCCUGAUAGCGGUACCCUUAAACCCGACAUCAAACCAGCACUCUACUGCCCAUUCCUGGACAUCAACAAUGCAGCUCAACUAGCCAAAUUCGGCCUCCACAAUGGCGGUGCUCAAGAUGCGGCACUCCUCAACGAGAAAUGGGAGAGUCUCGCGAUCGUACCUGUCGACGGCAAGAUCGGCGACGAUGACUGGUGGUUUGUCAUCACCAUUAGCGAUAAUGACUUUAUCACGCAGGACGGUGAGCUCCUCUCGCCCCAUUUUAAGGGGCCAAUUCACUGAUGUGUGCAGGGACUUACAACUUCGGAAAAAAUACUUUUAAAGAUGCGUCCGGAUAUGACUUGGACUCGCAGGCGUUGGUGUACAAGAUCAAGUUACCCGAGCACUCGAGACCGUUCGUUCGUGGGCAGGAUUAGAACAGUAGCGAGUAUCGCUGCUGAGUAUGAUAAAUUUACGUAUCAUAGCGACAAAAAUUAACCGUAGAAAUUUCAAUGGCCGUACUGCACGAGUACCCGUACUGCACGGGCACUGCAGUGGCAAACCCACGAACAACUGUGCCGCAUAAAUGACCAAUGCUUCCAUCCUUCUCGUGUAUAGCCUAAAAUUAUGCCUCAAACCCCGCGCCAGCGUGAUUCACACCACAAGCCCUCGACAACACCCAAAAGUCAACAGCUCAGGAACAGUCAGUCCCGACAAUCCCCUCCCAGUCCGGAAGAACAUUAUCCCCGGCCCAUCCGCCCCUGAAAAAAAAUCCGUUGGCACGGAGCCACGGUUAGACCCGAGUACAGUAUCCAAACUCUAAUCCAGCGCGGUCAUACCGGUACCGUAAGUACCGGUAUCCGAGAGAUGAGCAAGAUGGACUCU